GGGGCGGUGUUUCUGUGUGAUGAAGAUUGUCCCUCUGUGCCUCCUGUAGAUCUGCUGGAGGCGGCGUUCUUCUUGUGCUCGUACGAGCUCUCCAUCAAAAACCUGCACUCGCCGUGGUGCUUCCUGUUUGACGAGAGCGACGCAAAGGUGUUGGAGUACAAGUCGGACUUGAAGCAGUACUGGAAGCGCUCGCACGGCCACGAGAUCAACAGCCUGUCCAGCUGCCCGCUCUUCCAUCACGUCUUCAGGACGCUGGACAGAGCCGGGCGUCCUCGCAGGUCCACUGACGCGUCCCCAGAGCCCGCCUCCAUCUUGGUGGGUCAUGCUGAGACGCUCCUCCCCCUCCUCUCUCUGCUGGGACUCUACAAGGACCAGACUCCACCCACUGCCACCAACUACGACUCACAGCAUGGUAAGAAGCGCCACCUCUAA